UCUAAAAGCAGGCAUUUUCUUGAUUUGUUGAUUUUUUUUUUCUUGCGCUCUAGACACUAAGAAAAUGAAAGAAAGCAUAUACACUAAGGCUUCAUUUGAGAAAACAUUAUCUCCUGUUUCCAUCUUGAGCUCUCUGCCAGGCUACAGCUUUUACAUUCAUAACUUCACUGUUUUCUCUUUGGUCCAGAAAAGCUUUCCUUACCCAUGACUGUAUAAAUAGUCAUUGGUUGGCAGCCACAGUUUCCACUGCAAUGUGGCAGUCUUGAUUUUUCCCAUGGAAAGUGUGGUGUUUGUGUUCCGGCUAUGAAAUUGGUAAUGUCAUUCCUGUUUCACAGAUGAGGAAACUGGGGUUCAGAGAGCGAAAGUGUGGUCCUGCCAGGAGUAGUGGAGCUAAGACUGAACCUCACAGCUCGGGGCCAGCACCCAGGCCUGCUACGUCCUCUCUGUCCCUGACCUAGUGGGUAGCCAGAGCUGAGAGGACAGAGCAGAACUUGAGAGGAACAAUAUUUCGUGAGGCAUGUGAGGAUUGAAAGCCUCAUAGAGUCCUUCAACCAUGCUCUUGGCAUAAGGACUGUUGUGUUUAUAGUGACCGGUGAAUUGUCAGACCUCAACCAACCACCAUUCUCCACUGGAAGCUGAUCUUGGAAAGGUCAGAGGUCCCGAGGGUCUGCAGAUGGGAAGGAGGAGACUGACAUUUAUUGAGCACCUACUUGGUGCCAGACACUGAAAGUAUUAGAGAUUAAGGGUGACUUGCCUCAGUUCUGGCCCCAAAGAAGCACCAUCUGAUAGAAAAAUAAGUAGCAACAUGGUAUGGUAGAGUCUGGAAUGGGGUUUACUGUGAAUUGCGUAGGACGCGGCAGAAUUCACAGUAAAAGCUUUUUGGAAGAAGUGACACCAUGGAGGGGUAUUACUGAGCAAAGGGGAAAAGGAGGGAGGGAGAGGAGGUAAGAAUAUACAAGGCUCCGCCGGGCGAGGUGGCUCAGGCCUGUAAUCCCAGCACUUUGGGAGGCCAAGGGCAGGCGGAUCACAAGGUCAGGAAAUCGAGACCAUCCUGGCUAACACGGUGAAACCUUGUCUCUACUAAAACUACAAAAAAAUUAGCCGGGCGUGGUGGCGGGCGCCUGUAAUCCCAGCUACUCGGGAGGCUGAGGCAGGAGAAUGGCGUGAACACGGGAGGCGGAGCUUGCAGUGAGCCGAGAUCGCGCCACUGCACUCCAGCCUGGGCGACUGAGGGAGACUCCGUCUCCAAAUAAAUAAAUUAAUUAAUUAAAGAAUACACAAGGCUCCACUGGGGUACUGGGUGUGUUGUAGGGAGAUUUUAUUGAAUCCUAUACUCCCAUAUUCGAAGAACGCUCAAGCCCAUUUACAGUGUGGGACUAAUGCUAAGAGAGGUUGAGUCACAUUGGCAGGAAAGAGCAGAGCCAGGAACUGAAGCCAGGUCUGUGACUUAGAGCCAGCACUCUUUCCACUGCAGAGGGGAGAGGUCUCAAGGCAGAACCUGGGGCUGUGCACACCGCGGGAGGGGCGGAGGCCCCUGGAAACGAACAGGAGCAGGAGGCCCAGGGCUGCGCAGCGACAAAGGAGGACACGAGGAAGGUGCUUGUGCCACCGGUGGAAGACGUGGCUUUGGCUUUUAGGCUCCCCUCGGGGCAGGAGCAGAUCAAAGAGCCUAGCCCCAGCUUCGGUGGUGGGUGGGGGGUCCUCCCGGCAGCGGGGAGCGUGGGCACCAGCAUCCUCAGCCUGCGGCUCCCAGGCGAGGCGAGUGUGGGAGGGCAGAGCCCAGAGGAUUGGAGGUGGGGCCAAUGUGGGCCCCGCCCCCAACCAUUGUGUCGGAGAGGGAAGUGGACGAGCUCCUCGGUAAGAACCAAUGAGGAUGUGGUAUGCAAAUAAGCAAGUGGAGGCCGCCAGCCGACUUCCUCGCACUGUGCAGCCGCUCCAGUGAGGGCGCAGACUGUACUGGCCUGUGCGGAGCAAGGCGGUGUUUCUGACGCAUGGGGGCCGUGGAGCAGAGGAAGGGCUGGAUGCAUGAAGGAGGCGGGGUGCGGGGAGCGAGGGACCCGCAGACUCCAGGGCCACAGAUGCAUGGACCUAUUGGAGACCCUCAGGUUGUCUCCCCACCCCACGCAGAGAGGAAUGUGCAGCUGAAGAGAGAGGUGGGCAGCAGGCCCGGUCACCUGCCAGGUGACCACAUGGCCAGGUGCCGCCACCACUCGGGUUACCUGGCCGACGACGAGGCCAGCCACUCCAUGUGCAGUGCACGGGUGCAGCUGCCCAAGAAGCCACUGGUCCCAGAAAUGGGGCCAGCCUGCAAGCCGGGCCGUGUGCCACACCUACCAUCCACAUGUGGCAGCUCAGCGCUCCAGGGCCAACGCCGAAACAAGAGGCACCCUCAGCCCUUUGGCCACUUUCUGGAUUUCCUAACUGAGAGCCAGGUCCUGGACAGCCUGGAGACAGUGGUGGAGAAGGCGACUGAGCGCAUGGCUGCCAUGAAGACGGAGGCUGGGGUGCCGCUUGUGGAGGUGCAGGACCCAGUGGAGGUGCCAAGUGGUGGACGGCGGGCACAUGCCCGGCCCAGCCUCAGCACCGUACACCGGCACCGUGUACAGCCGACCCUCUGCACUGGACACCCCAACAACUACCCAUCCAGCUCCAGCUCCAUGUCCAACUGCCAUAGCAGCCUCAUGGCCGGCUAUCUGGGCUCCCACAGCCGGGACAGUGACCUAGGUGCCCAAGGCUUAGGCUCAUUGCCACCUGUGAGGGACAAACUCCUGCUGGAGAAGAACCUCAAGCGGCUGCUACAGCUGGAGAGGAAAGGGAAAGGCCUCAGUCAGUCCUGCUCCCAGAGGGACUCCUUGCUGUGGGAUUCGCUGGGUAGCCAGACCAGCUUUCAGUGGACCCAGGAGCAGCCCUUGUCCUGGUUCUCAGGGCUGCUGGGCUCAAGCUCUGGCGUGCCUGAAGCAUCAGAGCCCAGGCCUGGAGAACAGGAGCCAAUUUUCCGCAAGCGAGAGUUCAAUAAGGAGAUCAAGUCAUUACUGAGCCAGCUGGAGUCCCUCGACCUGCCUGGCUACUGUCCGCUCCGUGAGCCCCAUCGCACGCUGAACUUUCUGGCUGACCACCGCCUCUUCCCCGCCCUGCAAAGCGUGGUCAGCCAGGCUGUGGAUAAGCUCCGUGGCGCCCGCUGCCGCAACGGCCGUCCUCUGUUCCCCACCAGCUUGGAGCCCACCUCAGAGCUGCAGGUUGAUGGCAAUCUGCCGCCUCUGGGCUCUGAGCCGGCUACACCCACCAAUGGCGGGCAGCCCCAAGCUUCCCCCCGCCCCACAGUCUCCAGCCCCAAGAUGCUUCAGAGAAAACGCAAGGACAGAGGAGGCUCCCCCUCCAUGUCUAGUGCCCAGGUGGCCACCAGAUUCAAACUCAAGAGCCCCCGCAGCAGCAGCAGGUUCAUGAAGAAGAAGCCGCUGCCCUCCAUCUCGUCGAAGUCCAGCAUGUCUCACUUCUCCAACCGCCUUUAUGAGGAGCUCGCCGACUUCCUGACCCAGCAGGCAGCCUCCUUGGUCAUCCGCAAGUACGAGUUCGAAAAGGACCUCAGUAAGCAGCUGGGCUUCUUCUCCUUCCCCGUCACCCACGUGCUCAGGGACCUUUCCCUGGGCUUAAAGAAGGUGAAAGGCUCCCGCAUCCACCUGUCCUCGGAGACCCACCGGAGCUGCCUGCUGCGUAAACUGGAGGAGGCCAAAAUGGCCCGGCAGGCCUCCCGGCUCAGCACCUCCCACCGCAGCACAGAGAUACCCUCUGUGCAGCAGGAACCGGCCACCCACACUGCCCAGGACCAGGCCACAGAGCCCUGCCGCUCCCUCUACACCAACUUGCCAGCCAGCCUGCAGCUCAGCCCUUUGGAGCCCAAGCUCUCAGUGUCUGCCCGCACCAGCAUGGGUUCCAGUCCCCCCAAGUCCAAGGACAUGGACAAUGAGGGCCGUGAUAAAGCCGAGGUUGAAGAUGAAGAUGAGGAUGAGUUCAAGGAUGAGGACCAGGAUGAGGACAAGGAUGAGGAUGGAGUCCAGAGCCUCCCAGAGCCUGGAGAGGAGGCCUCGGUCAGCCACUCUGUGGAUGUGGGCCACGGUGACCCACCAUGAAGUCCCCACUAGCCACUCGAUUCCCUGCUCUGUCAGAGUUGCUACCCAUCACACCAGCCCCUGCCAUGAGCAGGAGUCACCACAGGCUGAAUGCCCACAAGGAACUGUGCUGAGACUCUCAAGGGAGCCAGUGAAAGAAAUAGAAAUAAAGCCUGUGUUGCUGGGACACAGGUUUGCUGUCCUGAGA